UAUACCGAUUUCGACGGAACAAGAGUAUACAGCCCUCCAGAGUGGAUCAGAUACCACAGAUACCAUGGGAGGUCAGCAACAGUAUGGUCUCUGGGAGUGCUGCUGUACGAUAUGGUUUGCGGCGACAUCCCUUUUGAGCAAGAUGAAGAAAUCUUGAGGGGACGAUUAUACUUCAGGAGAAGAAUUUCACCUGAAUGUCAACAGCUGAUCAAAUGGUGCCUUUCACUGAGGCCUUCAGACAGACCAACACUUGAGCAAAUUUUUGACCAUCAAUGGAUGCACAAAUCUGAAGUAGUGAAGUCUGAGAACUGUGACAUAAGGCUACGGACCCUUGAUGCUGAUGUAUCUAGCACAAGUUCAAGUAAUGAGAGUCUGUGAAUUACUAAGGACCUCGCACUGGGAGGGGAGCUACAAGCAGAAAGACCACAGUGCUGCUGCCAAUAUGUAGGAGGGGCUAGAAAAAUGCAUUCAUUAUUCUGUAGUUGAAUCUUUGAGGGACUUGAUUUUAUUUUCCCCCUAUGCUGGUUUCUGCUUUGGAAUGAGAGAUUUCCUUUGGAAACGCUGAUGUUUGGGAGUUGCAGGCCAGUACUUAGUCAAAGACUGACCUUAUUAAGAAAGCAGUGACCUCUUGAAUACAUGGUAAACUUUUUUGCUCUCAUAGAGCCUGGACUAGAUUUUAUUUGCUUUUGAGUGCCUUUUUGAAAGCUGCUUCAGUGGGACUUUCUUUUUUGAGCUGUGUAUGUCCAAAGAAGAUCCAGUUCAUUAUAGGAAUUUGCUCCCUUUAGACUCAGUGCUGGAGGAAGCAGCUCCUAUGAUGCAUUGGAGAACAUGUUCGGUGAUUGAAUGAAGUAGUCCCAUCCACUGGUGAUGGAAUACUUGAACACAGACAUUUCACUCCUGCCCCCUGGCCCUUUCCAAAUACAACCUGCCUCUGCUGCUCAAAAUGUUUCCUAUAGCCUGCACAGAAAUAUGAACAGGUAUAUCAGCUUUUUUAUCAGAAACAUUUAUUCAUGUUUCCUUUUAUCAUCUCUACCACUGGGCAUGAGAAGCCCCUUUCUCAACUCCCCCUGGGCCUUUUGUCACCCUGCGAGUCUUAAAGUAUGUAUGGGCAUGUUGAAUGCACAAUCAAUGCAAUAUUCAAGGACUUUACUUUUUUUUCCCAUACCUGUAAAAUGUGUUUAUGUAAACUUGGUUUUUCCCAUGUACUAUACAGUUAUUUAUUGUUUGGAGUUUAGAAAACCUCCCACAGGUUUCAGCUGUGGCUAUUUAUUUGGUUAAUUUAUUUGGUUAGAGUUAUUCAACACUGUGCUUUCUCCUCCUUCUCCCCAUGGGAAUUCUAGUGGUUUGCCCAUGGCACUUUUUUCUGCAUUCCUGUCUUUUGUUUAAAAAAAAAAAAAGGAAAAAAAAAAUUUCUGACCUUAUCAGUUUUUGUUGAAAGAUGGAAAAUUGUUGUACAAAGUCUAAUUUAAGGGAAAUAGAAUGACUUUUUAAAGUUAGUCAGUAUGCCUUUUGUCUGGUAUUAUUGUACCAGAAAUGUAAAGUAAUGCUGUUUGGAAAGGUUUUAAGUUAUUGACAUUGUACAGUCUCUGUGCAUUGGCUCUGGAAGGUAGAGUGGCAGAGUCAUAAACCUUAAUUUAUUUUAAUAGCUGUGUUUCUGUGAUCUGGUUGCAUUUAUGCAGCUUGGAUUUGUUUUUUUUUCUUCUGUUUAACAGUGUGAUAUGUAUGGAGAUCAUAUUUUUUAUACAGGUAUUUCAAUUAAACUUUUUUUGUAUAUAA